AUGUCGCUCUGCUCCCUCGCGUGGGCCGCCGCGCUCGGCUACUCGGCCGCGCACUGGUGGCCGGGCCUGCCGCUGCGGCCGACCCUCGUCGCCCUCGCCGUGCUCUCCGCCUCUCGACUCGCCGCGGACGUCGCGGCGAUGUGGCGCUCUCCGCUCGACGCGGUCGAGCGCCCGCUCAACGCUACGCGGCGCACGCGGUGGCGAAACCUGGGCCUCUGGCCGCCGGACGGCUCGGGAGGCUACGCCGCCGCGUGCUCCGCGAUGGCCGAGCGGGUGGGCGAUAUGGCCGGGGUCGGCGCGAGCACGCGCGCCGUGCUCGACGUCGGCUGCGGCGCCGGGGAGUCGCUUCGGAUCUGGUCGGCCCGUGGCGCCGCGCUCGUCGUCGGCGUGGACGCGGCGCCGCCCGUCGACUGCAGCUCCGCGGUCGAGUGCUGCGAUGCGGCGGGCGUGGGCGCGCUGGCGGCCGCGCGCGGCGAGCGGUUCGACGCUGUCGUUUGCGUCGACGCGGCGUACCACUUUGCGCCCAGCCGCGCCGCCUUCUUCGCGGCGGCCUCCUCGGCGCUGUCCGAGGGCUCCCCCGCCGGAUGCCCCGCUGGACUUCUUCUCCCAUCGCCGCUCAACCCGUCGAUUCCUCACCCAGUAGGCGGCAGGAUCGGCCUCGCCGACGUGCUCGGCUCCUCCGUCGACGCCGGAGGGGACGUGCGUCGCGCCUCUCGCGGCUUGGCGCGGCGGGCCAUCGCGGCGCUGAUGCGGGUGCCGGCCGCCAACUUAUGCGACGCCGCCCAGUACGAGGCGAUGCUGGCGAGCGCGGGCUUCGUCGACGUCACCGUCGAGCCGGCGACUGAGCGCGUGGUGGGCGGAUUCGCGCGCUUCGCCGCGCGGCACGCGCGCAGCAGCUUCGACUCGCCCCCCGAUCGGCCCGGCUGGUCGUGGUCGUCCGUCGCGCGGGCAGGCGCGGCCCUCUCGGCCGCCUUCCGCCACGGCCAGCUCGAGUACGUGUUUGUGAGCGCGCGGAAGCGACACUCUCCUCGCGACGCUGCGCACACGUGA